AUGAAGCUCCUCCGUUCAGCCUUAGUUGUCUCGCUCUCGAUGCUUUCAGUCUCAGCCAUCAACAUCACUGGUGUAUUUUGGUGCGAUAAUCUAGAAGGUGACGUGAAAGCGGAAAAAGUGGUAGAGAAAGUCAACAGUAUUGCCAGUGGCACAAAGCAAAAUAAUUGGUACCAGGUCGUAGAGAAUGGCGUUAAAUUACAAUAUUACCAGCUCCAUGAGCGAGGUGAUCCUAAAGGCUCUAUAGAUAUUUUCAUUGCGGUGAAUGAAGACAAAAGCUUUGUUAAAGUUACUUUCUAUUCUUAUGGUGUAAUGGAUGAUUGCUGGCAUAUUCCGGCAUGA